AUGGAAGAAUUAAGUGAAGAAAAUUUGAAUAAAAUUUUAGCAGGAUCACCAUCAGGUAGUAUAUAUGAUAAAUUCAACAGAAACUACAAUGGAGACCAAAAUAAUACAUUUUGUAACGUAUUCAACACUGAAAAAGAUAAUUAUCCAACAGGUAGUUAUGAACUUUGUAAUCAAAUUGCAAGAAAUGCAGAAAAUUUAUCAGUAAUGAUAGAUAAAGGGGGAUAUAAGUAUUGUGCACAUUAUACAUAUUGGAUAUAUUAUAAAAUAAAAAAAAUUUUAGAAAGUUCACAAAAUAGUAAAUCAGAAAAUCUUAUUAAAUUCUUAGAAGUUAAAAGUAAAAUUUACAAUCAAUAUCGCUUAUAUAACUGCCUAUCUCCAAUUCAAGGUAACACUAUAGAAGAAUUAAAUAAGAAAGUAGAUGAAAAAUAUUUAUUUGAUUAUUUUCAAAAUUAUGACAGCAUUAAAACAUAUGAUAUUUGUGAUAAGAUUACAUUCAGUGAAUAUAAAAAAUACCUUAAUGUUAUUAAAAAACUCUAUAUAGAGCAUAAAAACGAUAAGAAAUGCUGUGCUGAUUCAUUCUGGGGUAACUGUGAUUAUUUUAAAUGUAAUACAGAGUUUGAUCCUAAUACGCUAUUACAUUCAUUAAAUUCUAACGGGAAUGAGAAAUGCGAUAUAUUAAAAAAAUUAGAAAAAACUACGAAAUCCGGUUAUCCUAUGGAUUCCGGGGUUUCCCAAAUAGAUAUUUCAAGUUCAUUUUAUUAUAGUAGAUGUACAGAUAUUAUAGGUGAUAGCCCUAGCAUUAAAACACCUGAAGGUGGAAAACAGAAAUGUAAUAUGUUUGCGGUAUCUCCAAAAGCUAUAUAUAGUCGAACAUCACCUUAUUAUGAUACAUUCUAUCGUGUUCAACAUGCCACUGUACGAAAUGGAACACCUGGAGAUAGCCAUUCAGAAAGUGAGACCCCCAAUUCAACAGAAUAUUUACCGAAACAACAUAAUUCAUCUCCGCCAGAUUCAUCAAGAUCACCUCAUGGACAUUUGAAUGGAUUAAUGGAGGAAUCUACAAAAUCUCAUGCGGGGAAUAACCAUUUAUUAUCCCCCUCAAAAUCUUCAACCAGACAAGAAGCUGAAAUAACUGGAAAACAAACAAACUGUUCAGAACCUGGAUAUUUAAAAGACUCAUCAGGAAUAUGCAGGGAACCAAGUGUACGUCACACAGGAACUAUUGGAUUGAAGUUGGAUACAUACCAACCUGGAAAAACAAAAGCUAUAAUUACGUUAUAUAAUAUUCCCAUUUCAGUACUUUUAGAUAAAAAAUCUAAUAUAUUCAAUAACAAUAUAUUGCGCGUUGGUAUCGCAUUUACAUUGAUAGUGGGAAUAACAUCCAUUAUUUACAUGUAUUAUAAAUUUACUCCCUUCGGAAGACGUUUUCAUAAAAAGGUACCAAAGAAAAGAAGAAUUGACGAUUAUUAUUAUGAUGAUCCUCAUAUGCGGCAUUUUAUUAUCCGUGCUCCAAAAUCGGAUAAAAGGAAAGUUGGAAGUAGAAGAUUACGUUUUUCUUAUUACUCUAGGUGA